UUUUUGUGUUAAAUCCACAAAACAAAUGCCGCAAACAAAUACAGUGUUUUGUCUUUUUAUUGAAAACGUGAAAAGGCUGAACCUCGGUAACCCCUCGUGGUCAAUAGAAAGGAAUAUAAUGAGUGGCCAGGAAGUUAGCGGCCAGGACAAGUCAAAAGCACCGCCUGAGGCUCCAAAUUGCAUGGAAGACUCUCCGAGUGUAUUGAAACACUCUUUGAAUUCAAGUGAGACCAGCCAGGUUAUUAAAAGUAAUUCUUCUUCCAAACUUACUUCUAAUGCUCAUCAGCAAGCCGAAGACUACUUAAGAAAACGCAAAAUUUAUGAGCUGACAAACUUUUUAAUCUCCCAUUUAUUGGUUGAUGAGCCUGAUGACCCUAUUGAGUAUCUUGGAGAUCUGCUUGAGAAAUGUAUGUUCUUCAAACAUGGUCUUGGAAAUCCACCGCUUAUUUUCACUGACAGGCACAUCAAUGGUAUUUUUUCAAGCUUUGAUCAAGGCCAAUCAGAUGCAAUUACUCUGGAUCAAUAUAGAGAAGCAAUGAAGCUACUUGGGAUAUCUCAGUAUGAUGAAAACCCACCUGAAUGCACUCCAGGUUACAUAAACAAAGAAACCUUCUCUACAGAAGCAAUUAAAGCGGUUAUAUGGGCAUCAUGUAAUAUAAUAAUACAUUAAUUAAGUUCUAUUCUUCAUCAACAUAAGUAUGAAGUACCUUCAAUUCUUGGCAGCCCCUUUGUAGGUUUGUUUUAUCAGUGAAGCUCAUCCUGGGAAUCAAACUGGCCACACGAUUCAGACGAUGUGAUAUUGACUGUAGCGAGAAAUGCUAAUUGAUUCAAUCAUUUCGCUUGGUUUCAGCAGCAAUCCGAGGUCAUUCUCAAGCAUUUUCAAUCUCAGAAGUUAUAUCGUUAUAUCUGUAGAAAUUUUGUAUUUAUU